GUGUGUGUGUGUCCCCUCCCCCUGUUCCUUCCCCUCUCUGUCUCUCCCUCUUUUUAAUGGUGUGUGUGUUUGUGAGAGAGAGGAAGAGACACGGCGCAGUGGUGUGUGUGUGUGUGUCACCUGAAGGAGAAGAGAAAGAGAAAUGUUAAGAGGUCGUGGAGCUAGAAACCCGCACGAACUGUACUACCUGCAGAUGCAGCGGGCGGAGGAGAAGAUGGAGCGUGAGGAGAGCAGAGGGACCGAGGAGCCCGGGCGGAGGCUGAAGGUGUGCGUGGCCACCUGUAACCGAGCCGAUUACUCCAAACUCGCCCCCAUCAUGUUUGGCCUCAAGGCGCAGCCCGACCUGUUCGAGCUCGAGGUCAUCGUCCUGGGCUCGCAUCUCAUCGACGAUUACGGUAACACGUACCGUAUGAUCGAGCAGGACGAGUUCAACAUCAGCUCCAGCCUCCACACCAUCGUCCGCGGUGAGGACGAAGCCGCCAUGGUGGAGUCCCUCGGCCUGGCGCUGGUCAAGCUCCCGGACGUCCUCCACCGCCUCGCGCCUCACGUCCUGAUCGUCCACGGCGACCGCUUCGACGCCCUCGCCGUGGCCACGGCGGCGGCCCUGAUGAACGUGCGCAUCCUCCACGUGGAGGGUGGGGAAGUGAGCGGCACCAUCGACGACUCCAUCCGGCACGCCAUCACCAAACUGGCGCACUACCAUGCCGUGUGCACGCGCGCCGCCCAUACGCACCUUCUCGCCAUGUGCGAGGAUCACAACCGCAUCCUGCUGGCCGGCUGCCCGUCGUACGACCGCCUACUUACCGCGUGGCACCGCGACGACUACGAGGACAUCAUCAAAAACUGGAUUGGUGAAGGCGUAAAGGAGUCGGACUACAUCGUGGCUCUGCAGCAUCCUGUCACUACAGACAUCAAAACCUCCAUCAAGAUCUACGAGCUCAUGCUGACCGCGCUCAUCUCGUUCGACAAGAAGACGCUCAUCCUGUUCCCCAACGUCGAUGCUGGCAGUAAGGACAUGGUGCGCGUCAUGAGGAAGUUGGGAAUCGAAAAGCACCCGAACUUCCGCGCCGUCAAACACGUUCCCUUUAACCAGUUUAUCCAGCUGGUGGCUCACGCAGGCUGCAUGGUGGGGAACAGCAGCUGUGGGGUGCGCGAGGCCGGCGCCUUCGGGACGCCCGUCGUCAACUUGGGCACACGCCAGACCGGCCGAGAAACAGGUGAGAACGUCCUGCACGUACGUGAUGCUGAUACACAGAAUAAGAUCUACCACGCCCUGGAGCUGCAGUUCGGGAAGCGGUACCCCUGCUCCAAAAUCUACGGGGACGGGAACGCCGUCCCACGCAUCCUCAAGUUCCUGCAGUCCAUCGAUCUCUCAGAGCCGGUGCAGAAGACCUUCAGCUUCCCACCGGUGCCUGAAGACAGCGUGUCCCAGGACAUCGACCACAUCCUGGAGACGCAGAGUGCACUGGGCAUCGACCUCGGUGGUACCAACCUGCGCGUGGGCAUCGUCACCAUGGCGGGGAAGAUCAUGAGGAAGUACUCUCAGCCCAACCCUAAGACCUAUGAGGAGAGGAUGGAGCUCAUACUGAGCAUGUGCAAACAGGCCAUGGUCGAUGCCGUCAACCUCAACUGCAGAAUCCUGGGAGUUGGAGUGAGUACAGGGGGCAGGGUGAACCCCCAGGACGGCGUGGUGUUGGACUCCACUAAGCUGAUAAACGAGUGGAGUCACAUUGACCUGCGCUCCCCCGUGUCCCAGUCUCUCCACCUCCCGGUGUGGGUGGAUAACGACGGAAACUGCGCCGCGCUCGCUGAGAAGAAGUUCGGCCACGGGAAGGGCGUGGAAAACUUUGUCACCAUCAUCACAGGGACGGGAAUCGGAGGCGGGAUCAUCCAUCACGGCGAGCUGAUCCACGGCAGUACGUUCUGCGCAGCGGAGCUCGGACACAUCAUGGUGUCUCUGGACGGACCGGAGUGUUCCUGCGGGAGUCGCGGCUGCGUCGAGGCCUACGCGUCUGGGCUAGCGCUGCAGCGAGAGGCUAAGAGACUGCACGACGAGGACCUGCUGCUGGUCCCGGGGAUGAGUGUGAACAACAAGGAGCAGGUCAACGCCUCGCACCUCAUACAGGCCGCUCGCCACGGGAACAGUAAAGCAGAGGCAGUGCUCCGGACAGCGGGGACGGCUCUCGGCGUCGCGGUCGUGAACAUCCUCCACACGGUGAACCCGUCUCUGGUGGUUCUGUCCGGGGUUCUGGCUCAGCACUACGAGAGCAACGUCACAAACUUCAUCAGACAGCGAGCCCUCGCCUCCGCCAGAGAGGUCAAGGUCAUGGCGUCUGAGCUGGACAGCCCCGCCCUGCUGGGCGCCGCCAGCAUGGUCCUGGACUACACUACACGCCGCACCUACUGACGCACCACGCGCCGACACCGAGGGCCAAUCUGACUCUUUCUGUUUCUUUUAAUAUUUCCUGAAGUCAUUAUUUUUCUAAUGUGUUGGGGAUCAAACCAUUAAGAAGGAACUCCGGAAGCAUUCACGGAUCCUGAGGCAAUCGGACAAGACGCUGAGACUCGGAACGAAUCAAAUGAGACGCUUAAAGACUCCGAGGCAAUCAGACAAGACGCCUGGAGACUCUGAGUUAAACAAGACGAGAUGCUCGGAGACUCUGAGCCGUGCAGUGUCUCGUCUGAUUGAUGCUCGGAGACUCUGAAGCAAAUCGGACGAGACGCUCUGAGACUCUGAGCUAAACAAGACGAGACGCUCGGAGACUCUGAGCCGUGCAGUGUCUCGUCUGAUUGGCUCUGAGCCUCCCUAGCUUCUUGAAGGAACUCCUACAAGUCACUUUAUGACUCUGUGCCAAAAUAGUGAAGGCUCACAUCCAACCAUGUGCAACAACCCGAGAGCCAAUCAAACAACACACAGCGAGACGACCAGUCAAUCAGAAAGCUUGUAGAGUAUUUAAGACCAAACAGACACUAGACAUUCUGAAAUUUCUUUAAUUUAACUGGAAUUUUUUAAAAAAAACAUGCAACAAAGUAAUUCUUGUACAUUUUUGGUUAUAUAUUUAUUUUGUAAUUAUUUGUGCUCGGCUCCGCCCCCUCAUGCUGGCCUUUGCCCUUUGGUGCCUUUGAACAGUAUUUGGGAUCAAACAAUAUGAAUACGAAGUGAUUUUUAAUGUGAAUUUGUUGAAGGAACGCGUCACGCAGGACUGCUAUAGCGAUCGGUUAGCAUGUGUUAACUAACGCGAGCUUUUAAGAUUUUAUCUGAAACCUAGAUGGUGGACAGUUUUUUUUCUCUCCCUUUGUCUCUGUCUUUCUCUGUCUCUGUCCCUCAUGUGUUUGUAGACUUUCCUGGUCUGAUCGUUGUUUACAUGGACCUGAUAAGCUCUGUGAAGAAAAGCCGCGCGAUGAAGGAAGACAGUGUUACUUCAUGUGUCGUAUCCCUGAGGCCGCGUCCCCAUUCUGUCCCGCACACUCCCUCGCCCUCUUUUCCUCAGAGGUGUGCACUUGACUGUGCUGCGCGUUCCGUUACUUAAUUCGAGAGGACAGGACGACGAGUGUGCGUGUUUAAACACAAACAGAACUGACGCACAGACAAAUGCAUCUGGUGUGUAAUCAUGUAAUCUAGGGCGGGGCUUAACUUAAAUUCUAUUAGCCAAUCACAAGCUGUACUUUGUGUUAGCAUAAUUACACCGAAUGUUAUUUGGCUCAAUAGCAAACAUCGCUAGCAAUUAAUGAAAGAACUUCAUCCAGUUUUAUUUUUAAACUAAAUCUGUUGUUAGCUUGGCAAUUAGCCACGCUUAGCUGGUAUUAUAAAAGUACAGUAUUUUUUUUUUAACAAAUAUCUUCUCAUUUGAAGAUAUGACUGAUGAGAAAAGUGAAGCCCCGCCCCUGGUUACUCACCGAUGCCCCCAUUACUCAGUGUUUUCUUGUACUGUCACUUUAAACAAAGUUCCACCAAUCGCACGUGUUCUCUUGUUAUACUAUCCAUGAAGGUCAUUAUUCUAAUAAAGCGAUCUGCUCAACGGAA